AUGGCUUCCGUUGGUGCUACCCUGGAGAGGACCAGGGCCGGACAACCGUCUGUCAAGUCUUGGUGGAAGGAGUCGUCGGUGUAUCAAAUUUACCCAGCUUCCUUCAAGGAUAGCAAUGGCGAUGGUAUUGGUGAUAUCCCCGGGAUUAUCUCCAAAUUGGACUACAUCCAACGACUUGGUGUGGACAUUGUCUGGCUCAAUCCGGUGUUUGAGUCACCCCAGGUCGACAUGGGCUACGACAUCUCGGACUAUUACGGCAUUCAUCCGCCGUAUGGUACCGUUCAGGAUGUGGAAGAGUUGAUCCAGAAACUUCAUGAGCGGAACAUGAAACUCCUGAUGGAUCUCGUUGUCAACCAUACAUCUGACCAGCACCAAUGGUUUUGCGAUUCGCGUUCUUCGAUAGACAACCCGUUUCGGGACUGGUAUAUCUGGAGAAAGCCAAGGUUUGGGGUAGAUGGCAAGCGUCAGCCACCAAACAACUGGAUGUCUUAUUUUGGAGGCAAGCCAUUAUCCAAUGUCUUGAAUAAUGAUGAAGAGACUGACGUCGAGUUAGGUAGCGCGUGGGAGUAUGACGAAGCUUCGGGGGAGUAUUACCUGCAUAUUUUUGCCAAGGAGCAACCUGACUUGAAUUGGGAGAAUCCAGAGGUCCGGAGCGCUGUACACCAGAUUAUUCGGUACUGGCUAGACAAGGGCGUUGACGGAUUUCGAAUGGAUGUUAUCAACUUCAUCAGCAAGGAUCCGUCCUUCCCAGAUGCACCGAUCACAAAUCCGGCCUCAGAAUGGCAAAAUGGGGGCAGAUACUUCUCCUGCGGUCCAAAGCUGCAUGACUACCUGCAAGAGAUUGGGAGCAUUCUCAAAGAUUACGACGCGUUUUCCGUUGGAGAAAUGCCAGAGGUCAGCGAUGUACAAGAAAUCCUGAAAGCAGUGGGACAUGACCGAGGAGAGUUGAACAUGAUUUUCCACUUCGAAAUUGUUCAACUGGACCAUGGGGCAGAAGGCAAGUUUACAUCCGGUCAGUGGAAAAUGCAGGAUCUCAAAGCAAUUGUGUCGAAAUGGCAGACAUCCAUGCACGAGAACAAUGGAUGGAAUGCUUUGUAUCUUGAAAAUCACGAUCAGCCGCGGACGGUCUCUCGGUUCGCAUCUGACAAAUUUGAAGACCGAACUCGGUCCGCUAAGAUGCUAGCCACUUUCAUGGGCUUUCAAAGUGGCACUGUCUUUAUCUACCAGGGUCAGGAGCUCGGUAUGCCCAAUGUGCCAACUUCCUGGACAAUUGAGGAGUACCGCGAUAUAGAAACACUGAAUCAUUGGCAGGAAAUUACACACAAGCACCCGGAUGACCGUGCAUUGCAUUCUGUUAGCCUUGCAGAGUAUCAGAUGAAGUCGAGAGAUAAUGCGCGUACUCCGAUGCAAUGGGAUGCGUCUUCUCAUGCUGGGUUCUCUGCUGCCAAACCUUGGAUUUCUGUCCAUGAUGAUUUUAAAGCAUGGAAUGCGGCCAUUCAGGUGGACGAUGAGGAGAGCGUUUAUCACUACUGGUCGAAUGUUCUGCGUCUGAGAAAGAGAUUUCCUGAAGUAUUGGUUUACGGCUCGUUUGAACUCAUUUCUCCCGAACAUCCGGAUGUAUUUGCUUAUACUCGUACAUCCGAGACUGGCUGUGCACUCGCUGUGAUUAAUUUCCGAGCCAGUGAAAUAUCAUGGUCGGUCCCCGAGCCAAUUAGGGAGAGAGUUUCCUCAGGAAAGAUGGUCCUGUCCAACUAUCAGCAAGAAACAAGAUCUAUGUUGGAUAGUGUGAUCACGUUGGCACCAUUCGAGGCAUUUUUAUGGCUGGCCACUGAUGGAUUGUGA